GAUCAGUUUACGCGCUGAAUGUCGAUCAUGGUUCCUCUUCUUCUUUACUUGUGUGUGUGUGCUCCUGAUUAGCGCUGAUUACACAUCUUUUGUUUUUCUAGGGGCUUUUCGUACGACGUAGGGGAGCAGCCUUACCUUUCAAGUCAUUUCAUCUCGCCAUGACCUUCACUCCACAGUCACCCAGCAUCAACUUCGCCUCUCCCAGCAGUGCGGCGGGGAGCGCCUUCCUGGACCGCGGCGACCCGAACGCGAUGAUGCUGCAGAUGGGUCUGAGCUACGGUCAGAACAUCCUGCAGCAUCACCUGCAGCAGGGCGAGGCGGGACUGGCAUCGUACAUGCCCUUCAUCCGCGCCAUUCGCAACUACUUCGCCGUGGACAACACCUACGUGAAGCGCAAGCUGGUGAUCUUGACGGUGCCGUUUCUGACCAAGUUUGCGCGGAAGCCGGCAGCCGGCGGCGAAGGCGAGUUUGGCGGCGGCGGUGGCGGCACCAGCGGUGAAAACUCGGAGCAGAUCUUUGGCGGUCCACCCGGGACGCCGUCAUCCAUGUACCCCGCUGGGUCUCCCGCGACUCGGUUUGGUCCCUCGCAGGUGUCUGACAGCAGCAGCAGCCCGCAGGUCCCAACCCUCCCGAUCAACGACGUGUUCGCCUUCGAUCUGUACAUCCCCCUCAUGAGUGUGAUCACCUACAUCGUCCUCGCUGCCUUCAUCGACGGGGCGAACUCUCUGCAGCGCGAGAUCACGGCGGAGUCACUCAUGUCCACGGCGUGGGUGAUCGGCAUUUGGUUCUUCUUGGAGUUUCUAGUUAUCAAAGGCCUCGCGUACGCCUUCCGCGUUGUGCCAAACUCGCCGCUCUGCGAGAUUGCCUCGUUGUGCGGAUACAAGUACGUUCUCCUCUGCAUCGGCGUUCUCGUCGCCCAGGCGCUCCCCCCGGGCCGCCUCUACAGCGGUCUGGUGGUACUGUACGGCCUGCUAGCGCACGGCUUCUUUACGCUGCGCGUGGUGAGUCUGCGCCACGUGCGCGAUGACGGACGAGUGCCGCCGCGAGCACGCGUGUACGCGUACGCCUGCGCAGCAGCGCAGAUACCUGCGUUUCUCUGGAUGUUCGUGCGACCGCUGUACACCAAUUAG